AUGCGGAAGGCUCAACAAGAUAGAGAACCGCAACCACGUGCUUCUAUCGGAGACAAGGACAAUCCGCACACCUUCUAUCAAAACCGGUCUGCGAUUUUCCCUCCAAACGUUCAGAGGCAAGACUUCGAGAUCAAGCCCGGCAUGAUCGGUCUAGUCAAGGAUAACAUCUUCCAUGGACUACCUGCUGAGAUACCGGUGGACCAUAUCCAAAACUUUGAGGAGAUAUGCAACACGACUGGCUCGAAUGGAGUACCGGCUGACUUUCUGAAGUGCAAGUUAUUCCCAUUCUCACUUGCCAACAAAGCAUCUCGCUGGCUCAACAAUGGCGAUUUCAUGACGAAGUCUAAGGAAGGUGCAUUCGAGCUGAUCGAGAAUCUUGCAGUGAGCUCGAGCAACAAGAACACUGAGUACGGCAGAACAUUGAGCACUGUAUCUGUGAAAGGAAGCAGCGCAAACGCGAAGAAGAUUGAGGAGCUCACUGCGAAGGUGAAUCUAUUGAUGAAGGCGCAGCAGAAGUCUGUUCAUUUUGUUGACGAAAAUGACGACACACCUAUCUCUCAAGAGUUCGGAGGAGAAGAGGAUGGGCAAGCUUUUGUGCCAAAUCGUGGUUCCAACUCGAACUACAGAAACCAUCCAAACAUGUCCUACAGGAGUACCAACGUCGAGAAUCCUCAGGAUCAGGUCUAUCCGCCUCGAUCGAACCAAAACCAGCAGAGUUAUCAGAAGAGCUAUCCUAACAUCUUCCAGGAGAAGACCUUUGCCCCUAACCAGAACCGUUCUCAAGGUGGUAACCAACAGAAGGCGCAGUUCAGCAAUCAGCAACAACCUUCAGGUUCAUCGAACAACUCGAACGAUGAGCUUAAGGGUAUGAUGCAACAGAUGUUGAUGAACCAGCAGAAGUCCACUGCGGAGACACACUUGAAGAUAGACACCAUGUACAACGAUCUGAAUGGGAAGUACGAGGCUGUGUGGACUCAUGUGAAGAAGCUGGAUGUCCAAGUAGCUCAAACCGCUGAAGGUGUGAAGAGACCUCAUGGAACCCUUCCUGGGAAAGGAGAGCAAAAUCCUUGGAAUGAGUAUGUUGCACAAGUUGAGCUGAGAAGUGGGAGGAAGCUGUUACCUGCUGCGAUUCCUCCUAAAAGGCCAGGCAAGGAGAAAGUCGACAAAAAACCCAUUCUUGAAUCCGACCUGCCUACUCCUGUAGCUACAGAGACUGCUCCAGCCAGAGCUUACACACCUAAGGUGCCUUACCCAGUUCCACGGAAGAAGUCCAGGAAAGAUUUGGAAGAAGCAAAGUGCAAGGAGAAGUUGAACGACUUGACUGUGAAGUUGACUCUGUCUGAUGCUGUUCAGAUGAUCCCUACUUUGAAGAAGUACAUGAAGGAGCUUAUAUCUGGGAAAGUAGCUGAAGAGGAGAAUGUCAUGCUAGUGUCAGAGGAGUGUAGCGCUGUGCUGCAAAACAAGGUGAUAAAGAAGAGGAGCGAUCCAGGAAGAUUCGUUUUGUCAAUGCAGAUUGGUCACAUGAUCUUCGCGUGCUCUCUUUGUGAUCUUGGCUCGAGCGUGAACCUGAUGCCAUAUUCUGUGGCGAAGCGAUUGGGAUACACGAAGUUCAAACCCACGAAAGUCUCCUUGGUUUUCGCUGACAGAUCGACUAAGUUCCUAGUCGCUGGUGCAAUCAUUGAUGUGAAGGGAGGAAUCAUUGAUCUCCAUCUGGGAGAUAUCGUCAUGAGGUUCGAGAUGAACAAACUCCUCAAGAAGCUAAUGUUAGAUGGGCAAAAUUACGUGAUUGAAGAUGGCUCAAACUUGGUGGACGAACUGUCACUGGUCAUCGCUGUUGUGUAA